GUCCCGUGACUGCUGUGUGCGAGUCGCCCCACUGACAGCAGCGCUGUGGCGACUAAGCUAAGCUAAGCUAAUCCAGGUACCUGAUCACAGGGAUGCCUCACUGUCCUCUGCACGUCCGCGUUAUUUAACAGCCCAACAACUGAAGAUUUACCGUCAGAGGAGCUUUUGAAAGAGGAGAAGAGACUGAGAUGAGAGCUGUUCUGGCAUUUCUAUACAUCUGUAUAUCGGUCCCUGUGAUCAGAGGCACCCUCUCAAAAACAGAUGCCAAAAAGUCCAGUAAAGUGCAGGAGGCUGAGACAGUGGUAGCGGAGCGGCCAGUGCAGGAGAGGGGCCUGGUAGUGACAGACCCGCAGUGGAGGGAUGUAGUCAGAGAAGAAAAGAGAUAUUGCCUUCACACCAUACCAACACGCCACUUCCAGGGAGCAGUGUUGGGCUACAUCACACCGUGGAACUCCCAUGGCUAUGACAUUGCUAAGUUGUUUGGGCCUAAGCUGACCUCAGUAUCUCCAGUGUGGCUGCAGCUCCGACGCAGGGGGCCAGAGAGCUUCCAUAUCACCGGCCUGCAUGACCACGACCCUGGUUGGGUCAAAGCUGUGAGAAAAGCAAACAAAAAAAAUAAAAUAUUACCUCGGUUGUUAUUUGACGGCUGGUCUUACCAGGACUACAUGAGUGUGCUGGACAGUGAGGAUGAGAUUGAGGAGAUUGGAAGAGAGGUUGUUGAGGUGGCGAAGGCAGAGGGAUUUGAUGGCUACACUCUGGAACUGUGGAGUCAGCUGGGAGGCAACAAGAGAAAGGAGUUGGUUCACCUGGUCACACACCUGUGCAAGUUCCUGAAGGCUGGGAAACUUACCUGCAUUCUGGUCAUUCCUCCAGCUGUCAGCCCUGGGACAAACCAGCCAGGCAUGUUUGGGAAGGACGACUUUGAGAAGCUGGCCCCCCACGUGGAUGCGUUUAGUUUGAUGACUUACGAUUAUUCCAGCCCUGGCAGGCCCGGCCCCAGCUCCCCUCUGCCUUGGAUGCGUGAGUGUGUGUUGAAGCUUGCCCCACAGACCCAGUGGAGACACAAGAUCCUCCUGGGUCUUAACCUGUAUGGCCUUGACUUCUCCACCCACGGAGGAGCAGAGCCCCUGUUGGGGGGCAGGUACACUGAGCUAUUGAAGGAAGUCAAGCCUAAGCUACUUUGGGAUGAGUACUCAGGAGAGCACUAUUUCAAUUACAGAAGGAGUAAUGCAGUGAAACAUGUAGUCUAUUACCCAACUCUGCAGUCUCUCCAGCUACGAAUUGCUCUGGCAGCUGAACUGGGCACGGGAAUUUCAAUGUGGGAACUCGGACAGGGCUUGGACUAUUUCUAUGACCUUUUGUAAAUUGGACUGGGACCACUAAUGCACACAUGCACACACACAUAAAAUGUGUUUCAUCUUUACAAAGGCUGAUGUGUUAUGGUGCAUUGUUAUUUAUGACAAUGCCAGUGCUGAGCAUGCCAAUAAAAUUAUUUUUACUAUU